AUAGCUUGACGGUUGGGAUUAGAUUGCUCAUAAAAUACAUAACGGUUGCGUUUGUACAAAUCUAAUAUACUUUGUCUGAAUCUAAUCGCAAAGCCGGUCGGGAGAAAAGAAAGAGAGGGUUGACACAUAGCUUGCCGUCAGAAAACAAGAGUCUUUUUUGGUUAAGAACGUACGUAAUGCCACGAUGUCGAGAAAAUAAAUAAAUAAAUAACGGACGACGUGAUAACACGAAACGAACUUUCUAAUAAAUAGUUUAACAAAAGCGAAAGCACCAAUCACAAACCCUUUUUCCUUUUUCUUUUUAUUUUUGAACACACCAACCCUUUUUUUCUUUCCUUCUUUAAGUCGAGGGAAAGAAACAAAAACUUUCCGCCGCAGGAAACGAAGAAGAAACUGUUCUCUCCAGAGAUUUGCAAUUCUUUUCUCUCUUCUCGUUUCUUCAGAUUGUGUGUACGAACGAGAAGAAUCUUCACGUCCGAUGGGAAAUUUCCUAACGACCGGUUCUAGGGUUUUUGAAAACAGAGAAGAAUCUUCAGGUUCCUCUGAGGAUGAACCGAAGUCAAACGAUGUUAACAUGGAGAGUGUUAACGACUCUGGACCAGUUGAAGAUUAUGUGAUGAGUGAAGCUUCUUCGUUACUCAAUACGAAGCAAGAUCAUUCCAGAGAUGGGUUCCAUGUAGGAGACUUUGUGUGGGUACAAGGAGUCAACCGUCACCAAUGGUGGCCUGGGAAGAUUUAUGAUUCUUCAGAUGCUUCAGACUUAGCUUUGAAGCAAAUGCAGAAAGGUACAUUACUUGUGGCGUUUUGUUGGAAAGGGACGUUUGCUUGGUGCACUCCAUUGCAGCUCAAACCAUUUCUUGAGAAUUUCAGAGACUUUUCCAAGACUAGCGAUUCCAGCAGCUUUCUCAGUGCUGUGAGAGAAGCUGUGAGGGAGAUUGGUCAACAUGUUGAGAACCUCUUGGUUUGUGAUGAUGCUAUGGUUUGUCCUGUAGCUGUGAAUGGUGGAGUAAAGAAAGGAGUUCUUGUACCUGACGGUAGAAGAGAAAUUGUAAAGUCUUUGCUUCUUGAAAAACCUGGGAUAGUUCUUGAAGAUGUUAAGAGCCUUGCCAAGGAAGCUAGUUUUAGUGAUGUGUUAGAGAUUGAGGUUUUGAAGAGGAAAAUAUCCGCGUUUUAUCGGUGGUCUAAAGGAAGGUUUGGUUUAGCGAAAUACGAUGAUGAGAAUCCAUAUAUCAUAGGACUCGAAGACAAAGAGGAUGAGUAUGCGUUGAAGUUCAACAACUCUUCUUGCCAUAGAUCAUUAAGAAAGUGCUCUGGCCUUACUAGUAAUAAAAAGAGGAAACAUGGUGAUGAAGUUUCUAAGUGCUCAAAUCAUUUAGAAGAGAGUGAGAAGAAAGAGGAGUCAGGUAUUGAUAUAGUAGUUGAUUUAUCAACUCCACUGGCUUCACUCUGCAAGAGGGUAAAGGUUGAUGAUGUUUCUUCAAGUGGUGAAAGAAACACUGGGAGUGGGGAGACUAUAGUGCAAAGAGGUAAGAGAGAGAGGAAGAAAAGCAAGUAUCUUUCUCCAGAAUACUUGACAGAUUUUAGUUGGAGCAGGAGAAAGAGCAAACUAGAAUCCGAAUCAGCAGAGCGAAUGAUCAGUUUUGUUAGCUUGGGAGCUACAACAGAGGAAAUACUGGAUCUUAUCCGUGCAGCUUCCCUCAGCACACAACAUUCACAAGAGUGUAAAAGCUCGUAUGACAUGAUAAGAGAGUUUGCGUCCAUUUACCGAAGCUUUACAUAUGUUACUGGAGCCAAUUACAAAAGAAACGGUUCUGAUGAAGAUAAGCAGCUUCAAGUGAAGGUGAACAAGAGAGAAACACCUGAAAACACAAAUGAAAAGAAGGGAGUGACGGAUUUGGAGUGGUUGAAAAAGAAGCUUGAAAAGAUGAGAGCAUUGUUGGACGAAUCAGAGGGAGGAGAGGUUACGGUAGAGUUGAAGAUGAAACUUGAAGAGGAAUCAAGAAACUUGCUAGACAAGGUAAGGAAGAUGACUGUUUGUUCAUCUUAACUUGUAGGAUGUUUAUUAGUUGAAGACGCUAGAUUUUAGGAGGAGCAUUGAGCUUAAUUCAUUCAGAUGAACAUUCAAACCUUUUGUUGUAGUGAAAAGUGCAUAUUUCAACCUUAACUUUACCCGUCGUGUCUA